GAGGGCACCUACCUGUACAGUAGGCUGCGCACGUUCUUUUCACGUUGUUUCGUUCCCGUCGUCUCUUCCUGCUGUCACCACCUGCACGUCUUCCUCUGGACGUCGCUGCCGUCCACUCUCUCGUUUUCUUCCUCCACCUUGCCGCCCUCCCACCCGGCCAGGAAAACAACAAAUCCCUCCACGGCUCGAUUGAACGACACGCUUCCUUUCCUGGAAGACUCGAUCGAGCCCUCUCCACCCAUGAAGAGGCGCCCGUCGGGUUCGACCGACGUAAGCGACGAACCUCUUGCCGAUCCUCCUGUCAUCCAGCAGCCCGCCCGAACUCGCGAUUGUGCACAUCUUUCCAAGCAGCCCGCUGCCGUCACUGUCGCAGCUGCAGCCACAUCAAGACCGUCAUCCGCAAGGAGUAGACGGUCAAACGAUCCCAAUUGGAGGCUCGAACAUGGCCCCGAUGCGAAUCCGAUACUCGACAACCACCUCCUAACAGCCUUGUCUUCGUCACCCCUCUCAGCUCCAUCCCUAGCCGUGCCAUCGCCAGCCUACCAAAACCACACACACCAACUGCCGAACCACCACCAUCACCACUCCCAAGCCGUCGGCAACGAUCCUCAACCUUCCCAGAGCGAAAUUCACUAUCUUGACGGCGAUAACGAAGACGGCCAAGGCGGCGGUGACGGCCUUAACGACGGCAUUGUGGACACUGGCCGAGAAGACGAAACCACCAUGACCGCAGAGAAGAUGCCCGAUGUGCGCCUCGCUGGUCGCCGCUCUCGAUUCCGUAGUCCUUGGUCUGUUACCAUACUCACAUUGACUGUCGCCGUUCUCGGGAUUACUCUGCUUUGCGCUAUAUUGAACUCGUCAUGGACUCGCCAGCUCGAUGCCAAGGGAUGUCGCAUGUCGUACAUGCGACCUUCCUACAUUCGUCUUCGUGAUUUUGAUACCGAACACACCCGCUUCGCGACCAAGUACUCGCUAUACCUCUAUCGUGAGCAGGGUGUUGACGAUGAAAGAAAGCUGAGAGGAGUCCCCGUACUCUUUAUCCCAGGUAAUGCCGGAAGCUACAAACAAGUUCGACCUAUAGCCGCCGAAGCUGCAAAUUACUACCACGAGUCUCUUCAGCACGAUGAAGCUGCUGUCGCGGCCGGUGCCCGAAACCUCGACUUCUUUACCGUUGACUUCAAUGAGGACAUCACCGCCUUCCAUGGGCAGACCAUGUUGGACCAGGCCGAGUACUUGAACGAGGCCAUUAGGUACAUCUUGUCACUUUACAUGGACCCGCGUAUGUCAGCUCGAGACCAGGACUUGCCAGAUCCAACCUCCGUCUUGGUUCUAGGCCAUUCGAUGGGUGGCAUCGUUGCACGCACCAUGCUCAUCAUGCCGAACUACCAGUCCAAUUCGAUCAACACUAUCAUAACCAUGUCUGCCCCACAUUCACGUCCUCCAGUUACUUUCGACGGACAAAUUGUCAAGAUAUAUGACGAAAUCAACGACUACUGGCGCCACGCCUACUCACAAAAAUGGGCCAACAACAAUCCCUUGUGGCAUGUUACUCUUGUCUCAAUCGCUGGAGGUGGCUUAGACACAGUCGUUCCGUCAGACUACGCAAGCGUAGAGCCAAUAAUCCCCGAGACGCAUGGCUUCACUGUCUUCACCACCGGCAUCCCGGGCGUUUGGACUAGCAUGGACCACCAGGCCAUCCUAUGGUGCGACCAAUUUCGGAAAGUUGUGGCUCGCGCCAUGUACGACGUAGUCGAUGUCCACAGGUCUUCGCAAACCAAGCCCAGGGCGGAGAGAAUGCGGGUGUUCAAGAAGUACUUCCUCACUGGCAUGGAAUCCAUCGCCGAGCAGACUGUGGCAACCGAGGGGCCGAGCACACUUCUUACACUUGAGGACAAUUCAAAUGCCAUCAUGGCACAAGGCGAGCGCCUGGUCUUGCGACGGCUCGGGCGCGACACGAAAGUUGCAGCUCAUCUGCUUCCAGUGCCUCCUCAAGGAUCGCCAGAAGGCAAGCGCUUCACCCUACUGACCGACAGCGCACUGGAUAGGCCAGGAGAACACGGAAAGCUCGAGGUUCUGCUUUGUAGCGUUUUCCCUUUGCAGCCUGGACAGUCAACGACGCUGUUUUCUACGAAUAUGGAUUUAUCAGGCGACAGCACAGGGUCUACCAGACUAGCCUGCAAGAACGCUGCUUCUGACGCCAUUCUGCUUCCCCCUUCGACGAGGAUGCUCCAUCAGCCGUUUGCUCUAGAGAACGAACCAGUCACCAGGCCAUUCUCAUACCUUCAAUUUGAUAUCGAAGAUAUUGCGGAUCACCAGUUCGUGGCCGUCAUAGACAAGUCGAUCAAGCCAAGUCAAAACUUUGUUGUAGCCGAAUUCAGCGAUCAUUCGCAAUCCCACAGAAGGCGCAAUAUCAGUCUGCGGCGAAUCCUCGCGUUUGGAAUGACGCUGCGACUGCCCUCUAACCGUCCCUUGGUUGCCGAGAUCAACAUUCCCACCCUUCAAUCCAGCCUACUGGCGUAUAAUCUGGAGAUAGGCAACCAAGCCUGUGGCUCAACCUCUGGACUAUUUUCACCUCUAAUACGGCAACAUCUAGCCCAGCCCUACGAGUCCAAGUUUUUCGUCAACGCGAGGCAUGCCAGCAUCAGUAUGCAUGGAGUGGCACCUUUCGUUCCGCCACCUCUGAGGCAUAAGGUUCAAGAGGAGCAGGGGCUUAGCCUCCAAUUUUGGACCGAUCCAACCUGCGAAUCAACCAUCCAGGUCACGUUGACGGUCGACGUAUUGGGGAGCUUGGGCAAGCUUUACAUGCGUUACCGGACCGUAUUUGCGGCCUUCCCACUGCUCGUGGUUACGCUCGUGCUUCGCAAGCAGUUCCGGAUCUACGACACGACCGGGGCGUUCAUCUCUUUUUCGGAAAGCCUGGAUCUCUGCCUACGGCAAUCACUGCCACUAAUGUUCCUUUCUCUGACAUUCCUCUCCUUGUCAAUGACCGGAUCAUGGUCAUCAGGCCCCAGCGUAUUCUGGCACUGGCGCAACACUACUUCAGCGGCAGCCGACUUUCACAGCAACGAUCUCCUCACAGGCACUCAGGAUCCCUUCUUCUGGUUCCUUAUCCCCCUCAUCGGAGUCGUCUGUAUAGGAGUGUGCGCCUGUCUCCAUUUUAUCACCCUAGCGUUGACACAGCUUCUUGGUUUUCUCUACGCCUGGAUAGCUCUUCGGUCAUUUGCAGUCGGGCGAGAUGAGCGCCGGAGGCCGCAUUUACCCAUCUUCGUUGCAUCUUCGCCUCGACGUCGUAUGAUAACAACUGCGGUUCUGCUCUUCCUGGUAUCCACUUUUAUCCCCUAUCAGUUUGCAUACUUGGUAGCAUGUCUCGUCCAGCUUUUCACCGUCGUUCGCGCUCAUCGAAUUGCUUCAGAGCUUAAGUCUGGACCAACCCAAGACUUCUACCACUACGCCCACUCCAUUCUGGUUCUCAUGCUCUGGGUCCUUCCUAUCAACCUGCCCAUUCUGGCUGUGUGGAUUCGUAACCUUGCUGUUCACUGGCUUACACCCUUCUCUUCGCAUCACAACGUACUGUCAAUCAUGCCGUUUAUACUACUCGUGGAGAACUUGACUACGGGUAGGAUGGUUCCCAGAGUCACGGGCAGAAUGAGACAUCUCACGAGUGUUCUACUCUUUGGCACGGCCAUUUACGCUGCCAUUUAUGGUGUUUCAUACGCCUACAUGCUGCACUAUCUCGUCAAUUUGAUAGCUGGCUGGCUGGUUGUGAUUCAUUCAACUAGCGACAAUUGGCCGCUCGCUGGGUUCAGUUCAAUAUUUGACAGCCAUCACGAAGGGCCCAAACGUGGCAAGACUCCAUGA